AUGUCAACGAGCUGCCAGACGGCUGUCAGGCUUAUAGCUGCCCUUGUGAUGAUUGUGUUUUCCCGCGGUCAGUCGGGGGUGUGCGCGGUCAGCCUGAGCCGCAAGCUCAAAGCGGCAUCAGAGUUAUUAACUCCUGCGCGUAACAGCUUUCAACAAGCCGAAGUAUAUUUGGAUGGCUUGUUUGCCGACUACGAGGCCGCAAAGGCGAGGCUUGGGGCCACCAACUUUAAGAAAAGCAACGUCCUCGUCGUCUACAUGUUCUACGAACGUGCUGAGGUCAUCAGAUCAACUUUGACCUCACUUUUGAUGAGCCAGGGUCUGGAGAAUUUCGAUUUGAUGAUGUCUCAAGAUGGUCUUGGUGUCGCUGGGACCCCGUAUGUCCUGGACGUUGAGAUUCAAGAAUCAUUCAAUGCAUUAUACAUUCAUCAUGAAUUUAACCUUUGCACGGGCCUUCACCACUACUUCGUUAAGAAGUUUGGCUUUGACGUCAUGGGCUAUGAUUACCUCUUGGUCGUUGAGGAGGACAAUCUGCUGCAUUACCAAGCGCUGAAGCUCCUUAAGGACGCGUUGGAUUUGUCACUGGAGGAUAAGGAGAUUGGGCUUGUCAGCAUCACUGAUAUGGACAACAGCCUUCUCGUGGACGAUGCGCGGUACAACGCGGCGGUCUUGCGCGCCGACGUGGAUGCUGGACACCUGUGGAUCUUCGGCAUCCACAGGUCGCGCUAUAAUGCCGUCAGCCAGCUCCUAACCGACUACUUCAACACCAUCAAGGGGCACGACUACAAGAACGCGCACGUGCCGCCCCUUCGGGACUCAAUCCGCGCGUUACACGCCAAGGAGGGCUUCCCUAAGGACAUGCCGCUAUCCCAAGACUCUUUCCUCGUGCACAGCCUCUUUAAGCAGGGAUACACCAAGCGGUUCGUGUCCAUGGUCCGCCUGGCCCUGCCCAUGGGCUGGCUGGGUUUGCACAUCAAGCAGGAUAAGGACCACUUUUACACAACGUACGGUCAGGGCAUGUUCGAAGGCGUUAUAGUUGAGGAGCCUUUUGCUAUUGCCAAGAAUCCAUAUCAACUGGCGAGUCUAAAAGCGGAUGCUGCGAAGCGCCUGGACGUGAUUUAUCGGCAGUACCUGGGCCGCGGUGUCGAGCCAGCGGUUUCAGAGAGCGUUGUCUUGCGGCUGGUGCUGGGCAGGAUGAAUGCUGUCGAGCUGGUUCGUGAUAUCGUGAACUCGGCGGAGCAUCGUCGCCGCAUGAAGGAGGCCGUGGCGAAGCGUCAGGUGUUGCCGCGUAGCAAGGGAUGA